GCGCAUCCCGCCGCGGGCGGUGCGAGGCCGAGGGGACCCGGCAGCGGAGCGUGAGGACCAGACACCCCCGCGAUGACCAGUUCCCCCGUCUCCAGAGUCGUCUACAACGGCAAGAGGAACAGUAGCCCCCGCUCUCCCCCCAGCAGCAGCGAGAUCUUCACCCCGGCCCACGAGGAGAAUGUGCGCUUCAUUUACGAAGCCUGGCAGGGAGUGGAGCGAGACCUGCGGAGCCAGAUGUCGGGCAGCGAGCGGGGCCUGGUGGAGGAGUACGUGGAGAAGGUCCCCAACCCCAGUCUGAAGACCUUCAAGCCCAUCGACCUGGGUGACCUGAAGCGCCGGAGCACGCCUGACGCCAAGAAGUCCUGAAGCCGGUGUCCCCUCCCCACCCCCCCACCCCCUGCCUCUGGGAGACCCGGGUGCCACCCGAUGUUGGUCUCCCGUGGGCUCAGUUCCUGGGAGGGGGAGGGGCUGUGUGCCCAGGGGGCUGUCAACCCCAGGACCGGGAGGGGCACGAUUGGUGGCCAAGGCCUGCCCUUCCUUCCUGAGCCCCCUCCUUUCCUCCUAGGGGGUCUUGAGCUGCCCCUGCCCCUGGGCGGGUCUGGGCCCUGCCAGCCCCCGCUCUCCCUGUAGUUGUCUCCUCGGAGCUGCCUGCCCCCACCCCAGGGCCUCGGCUCUGACUCCCCUCCACCUCCCGUCACUUUCCAUUGCCCCCACCCCCUGCCCCCCGGCCACUUCCAAGGUCACGAGGGAGACCUGGGGGGCCUGUGCCGUCUCCCAGGCUGGUGGUACUGGGCUGGCCUUGGCCCUGAAGUGGCCAGGAGGCAGGACAAGGGUGGCCCUUCCAUGCCUGUUGUAUUCCCUACCAACUCCUGCUGCUUCUCUGGCCUGGACACGUUGGGGAGCAUCUAAUUCUUCACCCCACUGUCCAGACUGGCCCUGUCCUUCCCUGCAUCAGCUUCGGGUUGGCACCAGCCCUCUGGGCCUGGGAUGUUGCGAGCACCCGCUCAAAAGGGGUCCUGGGCAACCAGGCCUAGCCCCUUGUUGUCUGUGGCCCUGUGGCCACAGCAGCCCCCUUGGGCAGGGGUAUGAGGCUGGCCUUGGCCCUGUGCUGUGUGCUGGGACGGUCACCAGGGCCCCCCUUUCUUCCUGUGCUCUCCAAAAGCCAAGUGUCUGUGACUGAAGCCCAAGGACCAGUGAAUAAAGGCGGGUGGCGCUGGAUCGGC